CUAACAACACUCGAUUUUUUCCAUCGUGUGAUACAUUUUAAACAUUUGGCGUAAGGUUGAACUGUGGCCCAUUAAUAUACAUCUUACAUCCUACAUGUUUUCGUCAUUUAGAUGUAGUAGUCAAAACACCGUCACCUUAUGAUCUGUAAUAAAUAACACAAGGAAAUUCGUUGCUCAUUUCAAUAGUAAAGUUCUCCUCAUACCAAUGUGAAUUUUUGGUAAAUUGGACUAGCACUCAUUUUAUACUGGAUCUUAUGUCAUAGCUAAUUAUUAGUGUGGUGAACUAUUUUUCCAACCUACAAUUUGUAUGCUUUCACAGAUCAAUAGAUACUUAGUCUUUAUAACAUUUAACUUUUCGAUACAUCUGUACACUAAGCUAAUAAUUUUUCAACUAUGAAUUCAUUCACAGUGAAUCAAAUUGAAUCUUGUCUUCUUUCCUGCUCGUCAACUAGGAAUGGAUUUAUUGGUGGAGACCCUAGGAGAUUACUAAUCAUUUUGAUAUAUUUUAUAUACAUAUGUAAUUGUGGUGACUAAUAGUAAAGUAAUUUGUCACAUUUAACGAACUUCACACAAGAUUAAGAUGGGUGAACAAUGUGCUGAAUGAAAGAACUGGACGAAAAUCACGAAAGAUCAGUUUAAAAGUCAAGCGAACAGAGAUUACAUUGAUUUUUUUUUAAUACAAUUAAUGUUGCACUGAACUAAUACGAAAGUCAUGUGAAUGAAUGUUACCUUUAAAUUAGUACAUCAUCAUACCGAAUUUCUUCCUAAUAAAUUUCAUUCAAGGAUUUAAUCUCCAGCGAUUUUAGAGGUGAAACAAAUAUACGAUACAUUGAAUGCAUAUCAUCUCUACUUAUUUUGAAAUAAUGAUACUCUUUGAGAGCAUACAGUAGCAGAAUAUACUACCCACAAGUUAAACAAUCAAUCCUAUCGAUCAUUCUAACAAAGACUUUAAGAUGUCCAUCGGAUUAUCAUAUAGUUUAAUCUGACAUGUCUAGUCUACUUCAGAAUCUAUGUGGUGUAAAGGAUUUUCAGUUAUGAGCACUGAUUGUAUUUUUUGGGGGGGGGAACAGACGUAUAAGAAUUACUAUUAUUUGAGUUACUUAAAUGGUAUAACAUACAAAUUUCAGAUUUGGUACGAAGCGAUAACGAGCUAUUCCGAUUUAUUCACUAUUGUAACCAAAUAAUUCCCUAACUCUUCGGGAAUUAUGGAUCCUAUUUCUAAAAGUCUUUAUCCAAUCAAUGAUGAAAAUAACAGUAGUACACAAAAUUGGAGUCAAGAUCCAGAUUUAACAGAUCAGAAUCAAGUCCCCUUAUCUACAACUGCAAUUCAGUCUGUUUCAGAUGAUGAUAACCAACCCAUUGUUGAACAACCGUUUAAAAAGCCGAAAUUGAUUAAUAUGCACAAUGUAGAUUCAUCACAAACUAAACGAGGUGAAUCUAAUACUAUUUUAGUCAUUGAUGAUUCAUCUGUUCCUUCAUCAUCUACUCAUAUAUCAGAAACUGUAACAAAUCAAUGUGAAGUUGAAAUUUUAACUAAUACUAAUUUGUUAGAUGAUGAAGAAACAGUUGAAGAUGAUGACGAUGAAGAAGAAGUGGAAGAUGAUGAUGAAGAGGAAGAAGAGGACGAUGAAGAUGACAGCGCUACUGUACUUGGUGAUGCAGAUACUGAAUCUGUUGUCAGUGAAAUUCUAUCAUCUGCACUACUACAAGAAAAAGAAGCAAGAAAAAUAGAAGAUCGUAAAUUACUGGCUUUAUUGGCACAUUUUGAUGAGGAACAGUUAAAUCGAUUCGAAACAUUUCGAAGAGCUACAUUUACUAAAGCUGUAGUAAGACGACUAAUACAAUCUGUAGCUCCAUGUUCAGUUUCACAAAAUGUAGUUAUCGCUAUGGCUGGCUUAACAAAAGUUUUUAUUGGAGAAUUAGUUGAAGAAGCAUUAAAUUACAAAGAAAAAUUAGGUGAAAAUGGACCGUUAAAACCAAAGCAUAUUAGAGAGGCUUAUCGUAUCUUGUCAAAUGAACGACGAUGCUGUACAGAAACACCAGAAAAUCCUCUUUUAUAACAUGUGUGUAUAUGUGUUUUAAAGUGUUUUUAUCUUUAUCAAUGUGUUAAUGUAUUUUGACUUCUUCCCUAAAUAAAAAAUGAACGCUUGUAA